CGUCGUUAGUUAUACACGCCAGUCGGUUCUCUACUGUACAGCAGGCAGGUUGUGACUUAUGGCAGUUGUUUCGUACGUCUGUUUCGCCUGGUUAGCAGCCAUCCUCGUGGCUGUAAACAGUGCCACCGUCACUCUGUCGGACUCCAAAACAACCGUAAAGAAUGAAAACAUCUCUACAAGCAGAACUGCUCGAAUGACUUAUUGUCGUCCAGGAUGGCAGCAAUACCAGGGGAGUUGCUAUCGCUCUGUAACAACGACAGCAAAUGUCAACUGGCAUGAGGCACAGACAGUCUGCAACGACAACGGCGGUCAUCUCCCCACCAUAUCGUCUGAACAGGAGAACACAUUCGUGUACAACAUGUACUCAUCUCAUUGCAUCUUCACACAUCGCAGAUAUCUGGGUUUCCAUGAUGGCGUCAACGAGGGACACUUUAAGUGGGUAGAUGAUUCAACAUCCAGCUACACAAAAUGGCGUACAAAUCAACCAGACAACGGCGGAUCAGGAGAAGACUGCACUCACAUGUACGGUGAUAACGGCGAGUGGAAUGACAUACGCUGUACAGACAAGUACUUCAACUGUUUCUUGUGUGAAGACACACAAGCUUGUCCUCAUGGUUGGGUACCAUUCGGUGGUUCCUGUUUUCGCCAAUUCCAUCACGCUUCUGCCCUUAGUUGGCAUGAGACAAGGGCAAAGUGCAGAACAGUGGGUGCUGACUUAGUUUCUGUUAAUUGCGAAGAAGACCAAAGGUUUCUUGACAGUUUCAUGAGCAGACGAAGUUGGUACUACAUCGGAUUUACAGAUGUCAGAGUUGAAGGCACUUUCCGUUGGUCCGAUGGCUCCACCAGUACCUACACCAAAUGGUUAGCAAAUGAACCAAACAAUGCAGGAAGCAAUGAAGAUUGUACAGGGGCUGUUAUUGGUAGAGGAUGGAAUGACGUAAAGUGCCAUCACCAAUACCGCCACUAUUAUGCGUGUGAGAUGAACUGAGAAGCCUGAUGCAAGAGUGAACAGCUGGGUGUCUCUCUAUUUCUGUUGUUUGCUUGUUUUAACGUUGGAUGUCAUACUUGUGUUCUAUUUAUUGCAAUGUAUUAGUGUACUCAGCAGAUAGCCUGUUCUCAACGCCGUUAUGUAUGGCAAGAAUCUAGACUUUGAAAACAUUCGACUAGAUCAAAAUCAGCUAUGCUAGGUACUGCAGUACGUGGAAGUGCAUGUCAGCAAGAGCAUACCGACACCCUCAGAAAGGCAGAUUGUUGAGCA